AUGCCAGCCGAAUUAACGCUACCCAGCGUUUCUGGGUCACCUAGCGACCGGAAAAUCAAAAUCUUGCUAGUGAACCCCAACUCUACCCAGUAUAUGACAAAUGCUUGUUUGAAGGCUAUCGCACCUAAUCUACCCUCGGACGUUAUCGUUGAUGGAUUCACUGCUCCCCGCCCAGGGCCCACAGCGAUUGAAUCACAGACUGAUGCAGUGCUGUCCACGGAGGUUUGCAUCAGAGCCAUAGCACCAAUCGCCGAAAAUUAUGACGCAUUUUUGGUCGCUUGCUUUCGAGCACAUCCUCUCAUCGGUGUCCUGAGAGAGGAAUACUCGCAACCUGUGCUCGGAAUCAUGGAGGCAGCAAUGUAUUCUUCGCGCAUGUUGGGUGAUAGACUAGGAAUUAUCUGCACCUCUGCGCGCUCCUUGGUAGCCCAUAGACACACUGUUUUAGCCUAUGGAUUUUUGGAAUACUUUGCUGGAUGUGAAUCAGCCGAAUUGGGAGUUUUGGAGCUCGACUCGAAGCCGAAAGAAGAGGUGCAUGCAAUCAUCUCCCAGAAGGUCAACCGACUUGUGAAAGAGAAAGGUGCGGAUUGUGUCCUGUUGGGAUGUGCGGGAAUGGCAGAGAUGCGGACUCAUUGUGAGUCUGCAGUUGAAGGAACCGGUGUAAGGGUGUUGGAUGGUGUGGGAUUAGGCAUCCAACUCCUGACAGGUUUAGUGAGAGAGAAUCUGAAGACUGCCAAAAGCGGGUUGUACAAAGACUCUUCGGCAGACAGGUCUAAGCGUGGCCAGGCCUGGCUUUGA